AUGUUUUCUACGUUUCCCCGAGAGGUCGACAUCAGCGUCAAGUGUUUUCUGGGCGACGGUUCGGACGACAGGCCAUUCGUUGUUGGCGUUACGACAAAGCCACUCCUACGCUCGGCAAACCGCGACCCAGCCUCAGUUAUCCUGCAUGUGGACGCGACAUUCCAGUUGGACCAAGUAAGCUACCCGGUUAUUGUCUGCGGACUUUGCGAUGGGUCGCGUCGGUUUCACUUGCUGGCUCUAUUUCUUACGUCUCAGUUGGAAGAAGCUCACUUCUUUAGUGCAUUUGCUGCACUGCGUGCUAUGUUUGCUCAGGUGACUGGCGAACGACUGAGUGUGCAAUACGUCAUGGGCGACGCCGACUCGGCUCAAUUCAAUGCAAUGCGGAGCGUCUUUAGGAUUGACUGCACAGACAUUUACGAUCUGCACAUCUCUGUCACUGAAGACGAGUACUUCACGCGAAAGAAGGAGGUGUUGUUCCAGUGGAACAAGCGGCCAGAGUUGGAUACUUUUCGGAUGUACAUGGAAAAGCAAUGGUUGUCACGAAACUCUAGCAACUGGCAGUGCUAUCUCACUCCAUCGGGGUUUGCCGCUACUAACAACCCCUGUGAGACGUUUAACCGAGCGUUCAAAACGAUUACACGCAAAAAGGUCAAUUGCGGCGCUGGGGUUCCUUCAUCAUCGAAAACGGGACAAGCGCCUCCAAGCACGGGCGACAUCUCUUCGUACGAUUGUUUCCUCCGCGAACAUGUGCACGACCGGUGCAGCAUAAACUUCUUGAUUGAUGGCACGAGUGAUGAAGUCGUAAGAGUUCUAGCAGCGCAGCCACCGCGGUUCUACAUUCCUUCGCGCGGCAGGUCGGAUGAGGCUCUAGACGUGGCCGCUCAGUUCUCCGUCAGCUAUGCUAGAAUGGAGGUGGAUUCACAGUCGAGCACUGGUUGGUCAGUUAAUCUUACGGCCGAGUAUUGUCCGUGUCGAUACCACGCAAUGAUGAACUGCCGCGUUGACUGGAAUUUUGCACUGCAUGUACGCAGCCAUGGUGACGGAACGGGCGAGAAGUUGAUGGUUAACCGGAGCCGCAAGCGCCGCAACCAUGCAGAAAUUAACAGACGAGAGCCUGGCCGCCCGAUGAAUGCCGGGCAUGCACUACAGAAAGAUUAA